AUGUUGUACUUCAUACUGGUGCUAGGUUUUUUUGCGGCAACUGCAGGAGGUAUUACCACACCUCCAACGGUCGGAACAGAGGAUACAAUCAGUAUUAAUCCUGAAUACGAAACCAUGCAGCAACGUAAUGAACUAUUAAAACGCCAUCUCGAUUUGAUGAAUUUUACCUUCAAUAUAAAUCAUCUGAAAUUUGAGAAAAAAAUGCAAAAACUUUUUACCGAAUUGGAGAUGUCGAAUGAAAUUACUGCACUAAAUGAAAAUGAGCCGCAACAAUCGAUGUCGAAAAAUACAAUAUCAGAUGCAGAAAAAAUCUAUUUUACGGAUAUAAGGGCAGAAGAAGAACCCAAGGUAUGCAAAUCGAGUAAUGGCACUCAGCUUGUAUGCACAAAAUUAUCGCUUGCUGAGAGUUGUACCGAUUCAAAUGAACUCAAUUGUCGUGAUGGGCUGUGUCGCAUAAAAAACCACAUCUAUGGUCCCAAGUCUUUCUGGGUUCCCUGUGAUGGCGAUUGGACAAUUGUCCAGCGGCGCAUCAAUGGGUCCGUCGACUUCCAGAGAAAGUGGUUGGACUACAAGACGGGCUUUGGAAAUUUGCAUGGAGAAUUUUGGCUCGGCUUAGAUAAAAUCCAUUCCCUAACGGCUCUUUACGGAGGCGUUGAACUUAAAAUUGAAAUGCAGGAUUUUGACAACGUCUGGAGAUAUGUCCACUAUAAAUCGAUUUCUGUUGGCAAUGAAACAACAAAAUAUAAAUUAAGUGUGGGCGAUUAUAGUCAAUCGGCUGCUGGGAACUCGCUCAGUAUCCAUAAUGGACAAUAUUUUUCAACAAUCGACCAAGACAAUGAUAAGGAUUCUAGUAAGAAUUGUGCUUCUACAUUAAUGGGGGCUUGGUGGCACUAUACCUACAAUAUGGGGUAUGUCGAAAGGCAACUGCAUUAG